AUGGUCAGCGGAAUCCUACGCCACCGGCUUAAAAAUUCUGACCACAGUAACCGAUGGAUAUUCCGUCACUUUGAGAAGCGUCAAAGAUUGGAGAUUCUCUCUUUUGACACUGCUAAAUCCAUGUCUCGUUUAAUAUCUCUAUAUAAAUCUGUUUCUGAUGAUCAGAUUCAGCGCCUUAGAAAACAGCUUAUUCAUGGAACAGGAAUCACAUUUUUAAUUUCAGACGAUCACAACUUCCUACUAACUCUCGCUUGUGCGGAGCGGCUCGAGGAUUUGGAUGUUGCGGCUUCCGUGGUGUCGCAUCUAGGUCAUAAGUGUUCCGAUUAUGGUCUAUUAAGAUUUUUUCAGGUCUAUAUAGAUCUUAAGAAUGGCGAAUUAGAUUUACAUAAGUUAUAUAAUAAUUAUGGAUCUAAGGAGAUGGAGAAAACAAUUGCAAAAAUGGACAAGUUAACAUCAUUGACAGGGGAAUUAUAUGCGAUGAUCGAAGAAUUAACGCAAAUGGAGGUUUUCGAGGAAUUGAUUGAUUGGAGCAAAACUAAUAAUGCACCAAACACAAAUUAUGAUUUCUUUAUUAGUAAGAUUACGAAUCAAAGGAAGCUUGUUCGUCAUCUAAAACAAGUUUCUCUAUGGAAUCAAUCUUAUGACAAGAUUGUCGGACUUAUGGCUAAGAUGAUAUGUGUUCUUUAUGCUAGAAUCUUUCAUCUAUUUCGACCUUAUAUUUCAAUUUCAUCAAAAAUAGGACAUUAUGAUACCAAUAUAUUCAAAGCAAUGUCGGGUCCAACUCAAAGCACGUACAGAAAACCAAUCCCACUCGUGCGGUUCUUAAGUAGUGAUAGCACUAUCUUUCUGGAGGAAGAUGUGAAAUUAUGGCAUGGAUUAAGGAAUUACAACAAGCAUAUGAUGAAAACCAACUAUGUAUAUAAGUCUGCACCGCCAUGGACGGUUGGAGGUUGUGGAUUAGCAAUCAGGUAUGCUAAUAUCAUCUUAUUAUCCGUUAAGUACUUGAAUGAAAAAGCUAUUAUUGGCGAUGAAGCGCGACACAAUUUGUACAAUAUGUUGCCUUCAAGCUUAAAAUCAUACGUGAGAUCGAAAUUGAGGAUUGUAUGGAGAGAUUAUGAGGAUGGUAUAAUGUAUGAUGGUGAAGAAUUAGCAGAAGGAUGGAGAAAAGCAGUGGAAGAUAUGUUGGAAUGGCUAAUUCCGAUGGCUCAAGAUACGGUUACUUGGCAAGUUGGGAGGAAUGUGGAGAAGCAGAGGUUUGAUUGUAAGCCAACUGUGCUUUUGGCUCAAACUUUGCAUUAUGCUGAUUUACAGAAAUGUGAGGUUGCUAUUGGGGAGGUAUUGGUUGGGUUAAGUUGUAUAUGUUUGUAUGAGAAUCGUAGGGUUUCUUGUUUGGAUAUUUAUUGA